AUGGCUCUCGUUAUUAUGAAUGUCUUACUUCUUUUAUUCUCGGUAGUCUUAGUUCGUUCCGAUCAAACUACCACGCCUCUCAAAUCCUUAAAGAUCAGUGAAAAUGUAACAUACGAUUGCAUAAAUAUUUAUAAGCAACCAGGACUUGAUCACCCUUUGCUUAAAAACCACACGAUCCAGGGUAAAGAUGGAAAGGGAUGUUACAAUACAGCUUGUUCAGGGUUUGUUCAAGUAUCACAGACGAUCCCCAUAGUUCAACCCAUUGAUAUUUCACCAACAGAGCCUUCCUUUUUACGUCCCUUCAUACAUCAGGAUAAAAAUACUGGGAACUGGUGGCUUACAUAUCUGGGGCCAGAUAAACCCAACGGUGAUCUCGGUUAUUGGCCAAAAGAAUUAUUUAACCUUUUCGACAAUGGUGCGAAUAUGGUUGGAGUUGGUGGUGUGGUUAAAGCUUCACCUUCUGGUUCAAGCCCUCCAAUGGGUAAUGGUAAAUUUCCGGAUGGAGGCCGGAGAACUUCAGCAAUUUUUGCAAACAUUGAUGUCUUGAAUUCUAACUACAAGCAAAGUAAAAUCAGUUCUUUUCCUAUUGAGAUAUUGGUAGAUAGUCCACAAUGCUACGGGCUAAGAGUCGGUACGGUAAAGUGGUACCGUCGUACUCGUCUAGGGUACUUUUUCAAUUACGGUGGUCCAGGAGGAAACUCUUGUGGAGUUUGA